AUGGUGUUUCAUAUCUGCGGCGUAUCUCAUGUGGUUUGUUUAUUAUGUUUUACUUUUGUAUUUGAGCCAUGUUUUUAAAAUUUCAAAACUUUUUGUUAUCAACCGUUGAUUUCCCUUUUACGGUAUCUUAUAUUUUGACUAAUUUGUUGUCACUUGUACAAUAAUUCACUGUUUAUUAUUGUUAUAACCAACUACUUUUAGAACGACGAAAUGAAGGAACACAGUUACAAAUUGACAUAUUUGGAUCGUCGAGGCUUGGCUGAGCCCAUAAGGUUAAUAUUCCAUUAUCUGGGUAUCUACUUCGAGGAUGAGAGGAUAGACGCGGCCGAACUUACGCAGAGAUACGACAGUAAGUGUUGUUGUACUAGAAUAUUCUACUAAUUGUAAAAAUAUGAAUUUUCUUUGUUUUACAUUUUCUGAACUUUAAAAUUUUGGAAACUGAUAUUUUUAGCACUACCUUUUGGUCAAGUACCGAUACUGGAAAUUGAUGACAAAAUAAAAUUAUCUCAAAGUCAUGCCAUCUACAGAUUCCUAGCUAAAAGGUACCACCUGGCGGGUAAAACGGAGAUGGAACAGGCAAUGGUCGAUAGUUAUGCUGAACUAUUACAUGACUUUGGCUAUGCUGUUCAACCUUACUUUGCCGUCGUUUCUGGUCGAAUCGACGGUGAUAAGUAUCAAAUAUACGAUGAGAUUAUAGUGCCUACGGCAAAGAAGUUUGGAAGCUAUUUAGAUAAAGUAUACAAGGUAUAUUUAUGGUAAUGUAAAGCAAUACAUUAUGUUAUAUAUUUUAAUACUGAAAAUUAUGUAAACAUAUAAAAAGAUGCCUACAUCAUUAAAAACUAUUGUAGGAAUCAGACUCCGGCUUCUUUGCUCCAAGCGGCCUAACAUACGUUGACUUUAUUGCAACGAACAUAUAUGACACAGCAAUAGCGACGGGUAUGGACGCUGUAACUAACAUAAAGUCCUUAAAAGAAGUACACGCUCGAGUUCAUUCAUUACCUAAACUACAGCGCUAUUUAUCGAUGAGGAGGCGAUCCGACUUCUGA